AUGAGCGAACAACCAAUUGUGCUAGAUCAAGGAACCGGCUUUGUGAAAAUCGGCUACGGAGGCACCAACUUCCCCGAACACACCUUCCCGUCGAUGGUGGGUCGGCCCAUUCUGCGGGCUGAAGAGCGGGCCACAGACACAUACGGCGACGUGGCCAUCAAGGACAUUAUGUGUGGAGACGAGGCUGCCGCGGCACGAAACAUGCUGCAGAUCUCGUACCCGAUGGAGAACGGAGUGAUUCGAAACUGGGAAGACAUGGGUCACCUGUGGAACCACUCGUUUUACGACAAGAUGAAGAUUGACACCCGGGGUCGAAAGGUGCUGCUCACAGAGCCUCCCAUGAACCCCCUCAAGAACCGGGAAAAGAUGUGCGAGAUCAUGUUUGAGCACUACGGCUUCAAUGGCGUUUAUGUAGCCAUCCAGGCCGUCCUGGCUCUGUACGCACAGGGCCUGUCGUCAGGAGUGGUGGUGGACUCUGGAGACGGUGUUACCCACGUGGUGCCUGUCUACGAGUCUGUGGUGCUCAACCACCUGACCCGUCGUCUGGACGUCGCUGGUCGAGAUGUCACCCGACAGCUGAUUGCUCUGCUACUGCGACGAGGAUACGCCUUCAACCGAACUGCCGACUUCGAGACCGUGCGACAGAUCAAGGAGAAGUUCUGCUACGUCUCCUACGACCUGGACCUCGACACAAAGCUCGCCAACGAAACCACUGCUCUGGUCGACACCUACGAACUUCCUGACGGCCGAACCAUCAAGCUGGGAUCAGAGCGAUUCGAGGCCCCCGAGUGUCUGUUCCAGCCCCAUCUGGUCGACUCGGAACAGCCUGGAAUCGCCGAGACGCUGUUCAACACUAUCCAGGCCGCCGACAUUGAUGUGCGAUCGUCGCUGUACAAAGCCAUUGUGUUGUCUGGAGGUUCGUCCAUGUAUCCCGGUCUGCCAUCCCGAAUGGAGAAGGAGCUCAAGCAGCUGUGGCUCACCCGGGUGCUUAACGGCGACCCCACCCGACUCAACAACUUCAAGGUCAAAAUUGAGGACCCCCCUCGACGACGACAUAUGGUCUUCCUGGGAGGUGCCGUGCUUGCUAACAUUAUGCAUGACAAGGAGCACAUGUGGAUCUCCAAACAAGAGUGGGAGGAGCAGGGCCCCGCAUGCCUGGCCAAGCUUGGUCCCAGAUAA